AUGUCGAGAGCAAAUACCACCAAGGAGUCUCAGGCAUACCCCUGCAAAUGCCACUGUGGAGAAGUAACUUUUACUAUAACAUUGUCUCCGCAACUAGCGGACUACAAAGUCAUGCAAUGCAACUGCUCCAUUUGCACCGCACAUGGCUACCUUCUGGUGUAUCCCGAGCGCUCUGAAGUGAUCUUUCAUGGGAACUCAAAGGACCACGUGCAGAAGUACCAGUUUCACACGAAGAAGAAGGAUCACUGGUUCUGUCGUCACUGUGGCACGAGCUUGUUGAUCGACUUCAAUGGUAUAUAUGAAAACUACGAUGUUAUGGCUGUCAACGCUCAUUCAAUGAAUGCGUUGAAAAGAAUGUUCAAUGAGAGUUAA